AUUCAGUAGCGUGACAGUUCAUAAUCUUUGAUCAUUAUAUACUCCCCUGUGCCCGUCCCAUUCCCUAAUUUUCUCCAGACCUUCCUGUGUCUUAGCGAAAACUCCGGUUGGAGCGGAGUUUUGACCUACCGUAGGGAGCGACCGAGUCCUAAUUACGUCGGAAGUGUCGUGUGUUGCCACCCUAAUUUGAAUCCCACUCACUUCCAUCGUGGCGUUGACUGCAGCUAAUGCAGAUGCGCGCGGUGGCCGUGAUCCCACCACCAAUCCUGUCGACUUUGACCAACAAUAUGGCGGGUAAUGGCUCGUCCUCAGUUACGGCGCCAACUCCAACCACUAUAUCUACGACCACUAUAUUUAUUACCACUACAAUCCCAACAAGUACUAUUCCGCCUGACCCGGGUCUCACGUCCAGAGAUAAGGCGGUUAUCGCUGGAGCUUCCAUUGGCGCUUUCCUGGUGUGCCUGUGCAUAUUUUGGUUGUUUUGGUGGUUUUGUUCGGAGAAGAAUAGACCUCAGAACAACCCCCAGCGUCCAGCUCCCACCGGCAUUGUGGGCAUCACUGCUGCCGGCGCUACAUCAUCAACAACAGAGAAACGCUCUCUGGGAUCGCGUCUCUUUGCUAGAUCUUCAAAGGGAGACAAGAACGCGAAUGAAGGCGCGUCCAACCUUAGACCCGGACCCCAACCAUUCCAAGGAGACAGUGAAGAACAUUAUACUGCCUCAUUGGACGGCACCACGCCUCCUGCUGGCAUUCCAGUGGUUCGGCCUAGCUUCGCAGCACAGAGCGGUGGCUCUAGCUCAUCGCCUGGCCUGAAACUCGCAGGGAGGUUUAAACGAUCAUCGUCUGGUGGACCGGAGCUAAAGCCCGCGCCCUAUCAGUAUGGCGUCGUUGGAAGCGUGGGGUCAAGGAGAGGGAGUACAGUUAUGACGAUGGUUGGGCAGCAGCAGCAGCAGCGGCUGGGGAUGACUUCGGCACCAUCUUCGCCAACGUCUGCGGCAUUUAUCGUACCAACAGCAGCAGAAAUAGCGACAACGUCCAUGACCGUUCCCGUUUCGAUAUCGCCAAUUCCCGAACAGAACCUUUCACCUCCAUUGAAUCCUUUGGAACUUGAAUCCGAAAUUACCGAGGGGCUAGGUGCGCUGAUUGGUGGAUUGGAACCGUAUGUCUACGACGGUACGUACUGCUAAUGUAUCAGCUGACCCUUGCAAACUGACGUGAAUUGUUUAUCUCC